AUGGCGGCGCGCCGGGGACGGAGAGACGGAGUCGCGCCGUCACCAAGUGGGGGCCCCGGACCCGACCCCGGGGGUGGAGUGCGCGGCAGCAGUUGGGGGAGUCGAAGCCAAGCGCCGUAUGGGACUGUGGGCGCUGUGAGUGGUGGGGAGCAGGUGCUGCUGCAUGAGGAAGGGGACGAUUCUGGUUUUGUCAGUCUGUCUCGGCUUGGCCCCUGUCUGAGGGACAAGGACCUGGAGAUGGAGGAGCUGAUACUACAGGAUGAGACACUGCUGGGGACCAUGCAGAGCUACAUGGAUGCCUCCCUCAUCUCCCUCAUUGAAGAUUUUGGGAGCCUUGGGGAGAGCAGGUUAUCUCUGGAGGACCAGAAUGAAGUGUCACUGCUCACAGCUCUGACAGAGAUCUUGGACAAUGCAGAUUCCGAGAACCUGUCUCCGUUUGACAGCAUUCCUGACUCAGAACUGCUUGUGUCACCUCGGGAGGGCUCCUCUCUGCACAAGCUGCUCACCCUCUCCCGGACACCUCCAGAACGUGACCUCAUCACCCCAGUUGACCCACUGGGGCCCAGCACAGGCAGUAAUAGAGUGAGUGGGGUUGAGAUGUCCCUCUCAGAUCCCCCUUGGGACUUCUCCCCACCCUCCUUCUUAGAGACUUCCUUCCCUAAGCUUCCUAGCUGGAGACCCUCAAGAUCAAGAGCCCGCUGGGGCCAAUCCCCUCCUCCCCAGCAGCGUAGCGAUGGGGAAGAAGAGGAGGAGGUGGCCAGCUUUAGUGGCCAGAUGCUUGCUGGGGAGCUCGACAACUCCGUGAGCAGUAUUCCAGACUUCCCUAUGCACCUGGCCUGCCCGGAGGAGGAAGAUAAAACAGCAGCAGCAGAGAUGGCAGUGCAGGCAGCUGGCGACGAGAGCAUCUCCUCCUUGAGUGAGCUGGUGCGGGCCAUGCAUCCAUACUGCUUGCCCAACCUCACCCACCUGACAUCACUCGAGGAUGAGCUUCAGGAGCAGCCGGAUGAUUUGACACUGCCUGAGGAUUGUGUGGUGCUAGAGAUUGUGGGCCAGGCAGCCACAGCUGGCAAUGACCUGGAGAUCCCAGUUGUGGUACGGAAGAUUCCUACUGGACCCCAGCCUGUGCUUCUGGAUGACUCACUAGAGGCCAGUCCAGCUUUGAAGCUACUCAUGCCUACACUAGAGUCAGAGACAGAGGCUGCUGUGCCCAAGGAAAACCUCUGCCCUCAGAAAGAGGGGUUGUCAGAGGAAAAGCUGGAGUCAGUCUGCUUGUUAGAGCCCAAGGAGGUCAUGGAACCAAUGAUGCCCAAGGAGUCUCAGAACCCACCAGCCAACACAAUGCUGAGUUCCCAGAGAGCUCGAAAGGGCAGGAGGAAGAAGAGCAAAGAGCAGCCAGCAGCCUGUACAGAAGGCUAUGCCAGGAGGCUGAGGUCAUCUUCUCGUGGGCAAUCUACUGUGGCCACAGAGAUAACUUCACAGGCAGGAAAUUUGCCUCAGGAGGAACUUAAAAGAGAGGUCGCACCUCCCCGUAGUAGAGGGAAGCCCCGGGCUUGGGCUCGGGCCUGGGCAGCUGCCUUGGAGAAACCUAGCUCUGGGAACUUGGAGAGUAGUGCUGGACAAGCUAGUGCUGCUAAAGAAGAUCCUCUAGACCUUUAUUCCAACCUGGUAGACAGCAUCCACGCUAACCCUGUUCCAUCUCCUCUCUCACUGGUUGAUUCUGCUCCAGCUGACCCCAUGCCACUUGACUCUGUUGAAACUAAUCCCACUGCAGUUAACCCUGUUCAAGCUGACCCUGUACCUGUUGAUCCUGCAUUGGUUGACUUUGCUUCAGCCAACUCAGAGCUGGUUGACCCUCUCCCAGCUGACCCAGUCCUGGCUGACUCAGCAGAAAUUGACCCUACAGUGGUUGUUCCCAUCUCAGAUGACUUGCCACCAGGUGACCCUGUCCCAGCCGACUCCGCACCAGUUGACUCUGUUCCCAGUGACCUGGCUCCAGUUGAUCCUGUGCUAGUUAAAUCUAGGCCAUCUGAUCCCAGACGUGGUGCAGUGUCUUCAGUCCAGGGGAGUCCAGCUCCCCAGUUACUUCUGGAGUCAGAGUCCUUGGACCCCCUAAAGGCCAUCAUCCCCGAAGUCCGGGAGGUUGUGGGUCCUUUGAAGGUAGAAAGUAGUACCAGUGCGACAACCCAGGAAGCCAGACCUCGGCCUCUUAGCCUAUCAGAGUACCGGCGACGAAGGCAGCAGCGCCAAGCAGAUGCAGAAGAGAGGAGUCCCCAGCCCCCAGCUGGGAAGUGGCCUAGUCUCCCAGAGACCCCCACAGGGCUGGCAGACAUCCCUUGUCUUGUCAUCCCACCAGCCCCAGCCAAGAAGACAACUCUGCAGAGAAGCCCUGAGGUUCCUCCUGAGGCUUGCUUUGUGCCUAUGGGUCCCAGCCCUGCUUCUCCUAGUCCUGAGCCACCUGCAAGCAAACCUGUGGCCUCAACUCCCACUGAACAGGUGCCAUCCCAAGAGAUGCCACUACCAGCAAGACUUCCACCUCCUACUGUGCAGUCCAUGCCCUCCACAAUGCCCACUGCUUUGCCUUUUCCCCCAGGUGGGCUAGGCAUGACUCCCAUGAUGCCCCUUCCUACAGGUGGGCAAGGGAUCCCCAGUCUGCCCCCACCUCCCUUGCAGCCUCCCAGUCUUCCAAUGUCUAUGGGACCAGUGCCACCUGAUCCCUAUACUCAUUAUGCUCCUGUGCCACCCUGGCCUUGUUAUCCCCCUGUGUCCCCUUCUGGCUAUCCAUGCCUCCCCCCGCCACCAACAGUGCCCCUAGUAUCUGGUACUCCUGGCACCUAUGCUGUGCCCCCCACUUGCAAUGUGCCUUGGGUACCCCCUCCAGCCCCAGUCCCACCUUACAGCUCCAGCUGUGCCUAUGGGCCCUUGGGAUGGGGCCCAGGGCUGCAACACCCUCCAUUCUGGCCUUCUAUGCCACCACCUCCUUUGCCUCUGGCAUCUGUUGGGAGAGCUGCUCCCCCACCCAAGGUGGAGCCCAGUGGCAUCCCAGCUGGCCCUCCUGAAAGUGUACUUUCUGUGCCAAUGGCUCCUCCUCUCAGUCUUGGGUCAACUGGCCAGGGAGCUUUGCAGAUAGAGCCCACCAAGGUGGAGCCCACCAAGGUGGAAGUCAAGUCAGUGCCUGUGUCUCCUCAUCUGAAACCUAAGGUGUCCUCCCCAAUGCAAAGCCCCCAGAUUAAGGCUCCACCGUGUUUGUCUGCUGAGAGUGUGGAUGUUGAGGAGCCUGCAUCAGAGAGGCUAAAGCCUGAGAUCCAGGAGACAAGGCCCAGGGAGAAGCCCCCCUCUCCUGUUACCAAGGUUGUUCCUACACCCACACUAAAGCAGAGCACUGUAACUAAGGUGCCUGCUGUCCACCCAGCCCGUCUAAGGAAACUCUCCUUCCUGCCUACCCCACGGACUCAAGGCCCUGAGGACGUGGUACAGGCUUUCAUCAGUGAGAUUGGAAUUGAGGCAUCGGACCUGUCCAGUCUGCUGGAGCAGUUUGAGAAAUCUGAAGCCAAAAAGGAGUGCCCUCCCCCGGCUCCUGCUGACAGCUUGGCUGUAGGAAACUCAGGCAACGUUGACACUCCCCAGGAGAAGAGGCCCCUAGACCGGUUACAAGCCCCAGAACUGGCCAACGUGGCAGGGCUCACCCCACCAGCCACCCCUCCCCACCAAUUAUGGAAGCCCCUGGCUGCUGUUUCACUGCUGGCCAAAGCCAAAUCUCCUAAGUCCACCGCCCAGGAGGGAACCCUGAAGCCUGAAGGAGUUACAGAGGCCAAACAUCCAGCUGCAGCCUGCCUCCAAGAAGGGGUCCAUGGCCCUAGUCCAGUCCAUGUGGGCUCUGGGGACCAUGACUAUUGUGUCCGGAGCAGGACUCCCCCCAAAAAGACGCCUGCCUUAGUCAUUCCAGAGGUGGGCUCCCGAUGGAACGUCAAACGCCAUCAGGACAUCACCAUCAAACCCGUCUUGUCCCUGGGCCUGGCCGCCCCCCUGCCCCCACGCACAGCUGCCUCCCAGGAGCCACUUGAUCACAGGACUAGCAGUGAGCAGGCAGAUGCCCCAGCAACUUGCCUUGCCCCGUCCGCCUUGCUCUCCCCUGAGGCCUCACCUUGCCGGAAUGACAUGAACACUAGGACUCCCCCUGAGCCCUCAGCCAAGCAGCGGUCGGUGCGCUGUUACCGAAAAGCCUGCAGGUCGGCCAGCCCCCCAAGCCGGGGCUGGCAGGGCUGCCAUGGCCGCAGCAGCCGUUCUAUCAGCUCUGGGUCCAACCGGACCAGCGAAGCAUCUUCCUCCUCAUCCUCAUCGUCGUCUUCCUCAUCCCGGUCCCGGUCCCGGUCCCUCUCCCCCCCACACAAGAGGUGGCGAAGAUCCAGUUGCAGUUCUUCUGGACGUUCCCGAAGAUGCUCUUCCUCGUCCUCCUCCUCAUCUUCCUCAUCUUCCUCAUCUUCCUCAUCUUCCUCAUCUUCGUCAUCCAGUUCCCGAAGCCGGUCCCGCUCCCCAUCCCCCCGCCGAAGAAGUGACAGGAGGCGGAGGUACAGCUCUUAUCGUUCACAUGACCAUUACCAAAGGCAGAGAGUGCUGCAGAAGGAGCGUGCAAUAGAGGAGAGAAGAGUGGUCUUCAUUGGGAAGAUACCUGGCCGCAUGACUCGGUCAGAAUUGAAACAGAGGUUCUCUGUUUUUGGAGAGAUUGAGGAGUGCACUAUCCACUUCCGUGUCCAAGGUGACAACUACGGCUUCGUCACUUACCGCUAUGCUGAAGAGGCAUUUGCAGCCAUCGAGAGUGGCCACAAGCUAAGGCAGGCAGAUGAGCAGCCCUUUGAUCUCUGCUUUGGGGGCCGCAGGCAGUUCUGCAAGAGAAGCUAUUCUGAUCUUGACUCCAACCGGGAAGACUUUGACCCUGCUCCUGUAAAGAGCAAAUUUGAUUCUCUUGACUUUGACACAUUGUUGAAACAGGCCCAGAAGAACCUCAGGAGGUAA